AGAGUGCCGUCAGGUUUCAGUUUUACAAAGCCUUGACUCGCUAUUCAAGAGAGGUUAAGAGAAUACACACUUCAUUCUGAACUAAUCUUUCGAUCUACUGGCUCAGUCAGACUACAUGAUAACAAUGGCAGCGCUCCUGAACUAGGAAUGUCAUUUUGACAUCUGAGGAUGAGAUGGAUCAACUGAGGACGUUUUUAAAUCCUUUUUUCCCUUUUAAUUUGAGUUGAAGGAGCUUCACAUUCCUGGAGCAGAAGAAGUGGAAACGUCUAUUUCAAAACCACCUAUGGAACAGAAAUAGCAUCAAAAUAGAGUUGGAUUAAUCAGGUCUAUCCCACCUGUAACUCUCCGGUGACUCCUCUGUCCUGCUACAGAGGCAGAGGUGAAACAGACAGACAUGUCCACCGGCUCAGCAAGCGACGGAGAGGACAUUGAGACGCGUCACGAACGGACUGACGCACCAUUCGAAAGCUACAAAACCAAACGGAACGUUACACAGAGACGAUACACUUCCACCGAGUACUCAGACGACGCGUUCGUCGGUACUGACGGCGGUUACGAAGUCCGAACCAAGCGCUCGUACAGCACCACCGCCGGAGGAAAACAACUUUUCAAAGGGGGUCGACAAAAGGAUGGACGACAGAUGCAAAGGAACGCUGCAAACGCCAGAGAGAGGGCGAGGAUGAGGGUGCUGAGCAAAGCCUUUUCCAGACUGAAAACCAGCCUGCCGUGGGUACCGGCCGAUACCAAACUGUCCAAACUGGACACGCUGCGACUAGCAUCUAGCUACAUAUCACACCUCCGACAGCUACUGCAAGACAACCACUUCGAGAGCAGCUUUGUACACCCUGUCAACCUGACUUGGCCAUUUGUGGUAGGAAGAUCAGAGGACAACAAGGACAUGUCUGCAGCCGGACUGUGUGGAGUUAUUUCAUAGGACAGGAGGGAUCUCCCUCUCUGCUGGGACUGUCCUGUUCUACCCUGUCUGCUGGCACCCUAUUCUUUACAUAGUGCACUAAAGUACUGCACUAUAUUGGAAAUAGGAUGGAUGCCAUUUGGAACUAAUUUCAAGUAUUUUUUUGUCCUUUGUAUAAAAAUCUAUGUUUCUGUCUCUGUCUCUGUCUCUGUCUCUGUCUCUGUCUCUGUCUCUCUCUCUCUCUCUCUCUCUCUCUCUCUCUCUCUCUCUCUCUCUCUCUCUCUCUCUCUCUGUCUCUGUCUCUGUCUCUGUCUCUGUCUCUGUCUCUGUCUCGCUCUCUCUCUCUGUCUCUCUCUCUCACACACACAGAGUAUUCACUUUGAACUCUAUUCCAACUUUACUUGUAAUGCAGUAAGGAGUGUCUUUGGGAGCAUGUUUAUAAUUUUUUAAUAAAUCUGCCGAUAAGCAUCUA